UGAGGUGGCCGCCCCGCCAGGUGGCGCUGUGGCCAUUUCUUUCGGUUUAGUACAUCAGUCUUUGUGCAGUCGAGGAAGCCGUGAUGGCAGCCACCAUGAAGGGACCUGUAGGCGUUGAAGACGUGAAUGUCACGUUUGCUGACCAACAGAAGAUCAAUAAAUUUGCCAGGAACACAAAUCGGAUGACGGAGCUGAAAAAUGAAAUCGAAGUAAAGAAAAAAUCGCUUCAGAACUUGCAGGAUGCCAGCGAUGACCUCAUGAUGUUAGACGACGACGCUCUAUUGAUCCCAUAUCAAAUCGGCGACGUCUUUGUCAGUCACACCCAGGAAGAAACCCAAGAGAUGCUUGAGGCUGCAAAGGAAACACUGGAGCAGGAGGUGAAAGGCCUUGAGGAACGCGUGUCGGCGAUACAGCAAGUUUUGGGUGAUCUGAAGGUCCAGCUCUAUGCCAAGUUCGGUAACAACAUAAACCUGGAGGCCGAUGAAAGCUGAGCUGCCCCAACACAGACUCUCUGUCAUGCAGCUCCCGUGUCAGAUCCACAAAGCGUCUGCCCGGUAAAACACCAAGCAGGAGCUGGCGUGAAAGGCUGCAAUUUGGAGCUUCUGGCUUUUGUUGGUGCACCCAUGUUGUACGACCAAUUCACAAGGACAAGAAAAGAUCUGAUUUGAAGAUUGGAUAAAUGAACAUCAUGUCUAAGGUCUUUUAUUUGGUCUCUUUAUUAACAUUUGUUUCCCUUUACGUGGUGGAUCAAACUAAAGUUUAAAGAAAAUUGUGAGAAAACAAAACAGCUGUUUAAUCUUUUAAUUUGUGACAAAUUUGACAUUCUGAGCUUGUUUCAUUUGUAAACUCUGUUUGAAUACCCUGACGGAAUGAAGAAGUUGUCUCUGCACUAAGGGUGGAAAUCCUUAGACAUGUUCUCUCUGCCUGAGCUAGAGAUGAUUAAAUGAGUACGCACUGUUACUGA